AUGAAGAAUCAAACAAUAUCUUAUACUGGAAACGACUUUGAUGCCAAAAUAUGGCUUCCAACUAAGCUCACCAUGUUCUUUACCACGAUUCUGAUUACGACCGUCAUAGCUUGGAUAUUUCGAUUUGUUCGAUACAGACAAGCAUACAGAGAAUAUGCAUCUGGGAUAUCUUGUCCACCUUUCAGUCUCAUACUAGGGACGUUGGAAUCAAUGGGUGAUCAAUAUGCUCAUGCACCUAUGACUGCACAUCCUCAUGGCAUCAUGACCAUGAUUUACAACAAAUACAACUUAAAGGACAUGUUCAUCUUGGACAAUUGGCCCUUCUUUCGAUGGAGACAAAUUAUCAUUUGUGAUCCAAAUCUCGCUGCACAAUGCACGCAAAGUCAUUCACUCCCAAAAUCAGCUGUUGCCGAGCAAUAUGUUGGGCACAUUACUGGGAAAAGAAGUAUUCUACUCACAGAAGGCUUGGAAUGGAAGAAGAAUCGAGCAUUGUUCAAUCCUGGAUUUGCUCUCGCUCAUCUAACAACACUUGUCCCAAGUAUCGUUGAUGAAGCAGACAUUUUCCGUAAUGUUUUAGGCAAUCUUGCCGACUCUGGAGAAGUUCAUCCAAUUGAGGAAGCGGCUGCUUUUGCGACUAUUGAUAUUAUGGGUCAUGUGGUUCUAGAUAUCAAUCUAAACUCUCAAACAGCUAAGAAUGAGCUGGUCGAAUACUUUAGGAAAUCGAUUUCCUGGACACCGAAAAUUGUGGCGACAAAUCCAUUAGUCAAUUUAAAUCCUUUGGGUCCGAUCAUGCGGAAAUAUUAUCAACGGAAAAUGGACGGAUAUCUCAAUCAAAUUCUAGAUGCCAGAUUCGCGGAGAAGGGAGAGAAUGUCUCAAAAGAUAGGAAAAAGCCCAUUAUCGAUAUUGCUCUCGACGAAUAUAUUCUUCAGCAAGAGGAGGAUAAUAUCGCACUGCGGGAUCGGGGAUUGGACAAACUGUUCAAGCAAGUGUCGAUCGAUCAAAUGAAGACAUUUCUAUUCGCCGGCCAUGACACAACUUCAAGCACCAUCGCUUACACCUAUCAUCUCUUAGGAAAUAAUCCUAAAUGUUUAGCUAAAGCACGCGAAGAAUUGGAUAGGGUGUUUGGGAAAGAUACUUCGAAAACCGGAGACAUGAUCAAGGAAAAUCCAACUAUAGUGAACCAGUUACCAUACGUAUACAGCUGUAUCAAGGAAACCCUCAGGAGAUACCCACCAGCAGAUACUGCGCGACAUGGAGAUGAUCUCAUACUCAACUAUGAAGGUCGACAAUAUCCCACCAAGAACUUCAUGGUAGUGGUUUGCGUUCAUACUAUACAUCAUCGCGAGGAUCUAUUCCCGUCGCCUUUCGAAUUCAUCCCCGAGCGUUUUAUGCCUGCGCCUCACAACUUCCAAGAGAUUCCAAAGAAUGCUUGGAGACCAUUUGAAAAAGGAGCUAGAGAUUGCAUUGGGCAAGAACUUGCCCUUCUCGAAAUGAAGAUUAUUAUGGCGAUGACUUUGAGAGAAUUCGACAUCAAAUCCGAUUACGAGACUUGGGAUCGAAAUCUUGGCAGGAAGGAACCUGGUGGUAUUUUGAAUGGUACACGUGGGAUGUUUGGAGAUCGUGCUUAUCAAGAAUUGAUAGCGAGUGCUAAACCUGCUGAUGGGAUGCCAGCGAGGAUUAAGAGAAGGACGCAUAAUUAA